UUCAUCCUCUUCUGAAAGAGGCUCAUAGGUCUUUUGUCAAAAAUAAAAAUAAGAAUUCCCAGCAACCCCAGCUCAAAAUGACUCCCAGCCGCCCUGGUCUCAGACCUCCUUGAACUUGUGCGCGUGAGCGGUGAGAACAAACCAGCGGAUGUGUUGCGUUGGUGACGCAUACAUGCUGCGUUCAUGAACCACGGUAAACCCCUGUAUCGGGUUGGUUAGUUGACGGAAACGUAAUUAUCUUUUUGCCGGCGUUUAAAGAUAGCGCUGUUUUUAUAAACAUCCGGAUGUCCAGGCCUUACGUCACCAAAGACAGGAAAUGAGUUGAUUGUGACUUCACACCGGAGCUUCUGCUGUGAGUUUUUGACAGAACUGAGUGGAACUGAAUGAUCUCAUCAGAGCAGCUUUCUGCUUCGCUUGAAGCAAAAAAGGAAGAGCUUGAUUUCCCCCGUACAGCACAGCAGAGGGAGUGGUGGAGCUGCGCGCACCUGCUGGGUUUGUUGCAGUAGGAGGGCUGAGGAAGCUCAGCUGGGAGCAGCAGUACAGGUCUGACUUGCUCUGCAUGGCUUCAUACGGGAAUUCAACGUGAACAAGAAUGGCUGUCCUGAUAUCAGAACUCUGAUCCUCUUCGUUUUGUCUUGCCAUGAAGUAAGGACCAGCGCAGCAGUUUAAACACCAUCAAUUAAAACCAGGUUGUGCCAUAUCUCCUUAAAAAAAUCCUAUGGCUGCUCAAAGAGAGUUUCUUUUGAGACAGAAUCCUGUCACCGACGACCCGAGUCCUUUGAGGGACGAUUUAGAUGAUGAUUAUGAAUCCAUAUCAGGAAAUAAUCUGUAUGAGACCUCCCUAUCUGGGCUCAUUCCGACACUUGAAAACCGGACUGAAGAUAGAGGAAGAGAGGCUCCUAGGAACGAUCCACCACCGGUUCCUCCUAGAAUACGGUUACCGAGUACUCCUGCCCCGGUCAGAGGUCAACCCCCUCCUCUGCCCCCCAGGAAUCCGGCACCUUUCGGCUGUAGCCAAAAGCAGAUUUCAUGUGAUAUCGAGGCUCGACAUAGGUGGGUUCGGUCCAGAACAGAAGUAAAACCUCAUGAUCCAUGGGCCAUUACACUGCUAGACUCUCCAGAAGGCAGCACAAAGAACUUGGCUUCAUUCAGCAAAGCAACAUCACAGCUGAUGUCCCGAUACAAGCACACAGACAGGGUUCACAACCCCGGUGUAGUAUGGGGCCAGCUGUUACGGAUCCACCCUGCUCUGCUGCAGCAGGUGGGGAUAGAAGUCACUAUAUCCACUGAGGAGGGAAAUCUCAUGUUCCCCAUUCCCACACCAGCCAACAAGAAGGUGGAGGAUCUAAUUGAUGAUUAUUUCAAGUUACUGGACCGCACAGCUGACACAAGCAAGGAUUACGUUUUAAAAUUUUGUGAUGCGGAGGAAUACCUUAGAAACGCUUUGUGUACAUAUGUCAUCAAUCAGCUGAACAAACUUACAAUACAUUUGUUUCCUUUACAGAGCCAAGAUCAAGUAAUGGAGUGUGAAGCUGCCAUGAUCAUGCUGAAUGGGGCGCUACUCAAAGUGCUCCAAAUAUAUUUUGACAACUUCCAGUCAGACUUCAGAUCCCAGAGUCUCAUUGGCAGACCCGAAACCCGUGACGUUGAUGACAACGAGGAAAUCCUGCAGUUCAGCAUAGUAUCUCUCUACAAGCUGAACCCGAGCUGGAUGAACUAUGAAAGUUUUUCCGUAUCCUGUGACUUGACGUACGGAGAAACAAAAAUCUGUGAGACCGGCGUUUCAGAAAACAUCAGCACAGCCUUGUCACAUGGAAACAACAUCAGUUGUAACCGCCUAAUGGUGUUUCCUGUUCGAGUUAAUGAGUUACCGUAUGAGUGCAUGCUGACAUUUCACCUUAAAGGCACAAAGCGAGGGAAAAUCUCAGAAAGUUUGAGCUGGGCGGUGCUGCCCCUCUAUAACAAUAGGACGUUGGUUGGAGGAACUGUCCUGCUCAGCAUGUCCACUCUGGCUGAGCUACCCUUUCCUCCAUCCCCUGCGCUGUCUGACAGCCACAGACAGCCCACAGGAGUCAUACUGCAGCUUGAAUUUGAAGAGCAGUAUGAGUGGGAAUACCAAAGACCCAUCGCCCUCCCUGAGUCAAUCACCUUCACUCAGCCUUGUGAUGAAGUUCAAAGUAAAAUGUUGAAUGUUUCCAAAAAGCAUUGCAUCUGUUUCCUGAAAGAAACUGAGAGGUCUUUCCUUUGGAGCAAACGUGACUGUGCAGAUAAAACCAAUACCUUCCUACACCUUCUGCUCAGUGGAGUCCCCCGGUGGCAGCCAGAAGACUUAACAGAAAUCUAUACUGUGGUAGAUAAAUGGCUCAUCCAUCUGCCAGAGGAGGCUCUUUUCCUGCUUACUCCCAGUUUUCCAGAUGAGACAGUCAGAAAAGCUGCAGUUAACUAUUUUGGAGAGAUUCCAGACGGAGAGUUCGAGAUGUUUUUGCCCCAGCUUGUCCAGGCUCUGAAGAGUGAAUGGAAACUUGAUGGACCUCUGGUGAUGCUGCUGUUGGAGAGAUCCCUGAAGAACAUCCGGAUUGCUCAGCAGCUAUACUGGCUUUUGGAGGAAACCAACACAGACUGCUACUUCCACAGCUGGUUUAAUAAAGUUAAAGCUGCGCUGUUGCACUGCUGUGGCCAAGCGCUAAGGAAGGAGCUGGAUUAUGAGGCUCGUUUGGUUCAAGUGCUCGUUCAGGUGGCCCAGAAAGUUCGGUUUGCUGACAAAUCUCAGCGUAAGAAUGUUUUAAACAGAGAAAAGGAACGUAUCCACGAGUUCUUCAGAGGUGGCAUCACCUGCCGUCUGCCACUAGAUCCUGCAUUUAGUGUAAAAGGAGUCGACUUGGAUGCCUGCAAAUUCUACAGUGCUAAUUCUUCUCCUCUGGGGGUCACGUUCGUAUGUGAAGAUUCUCUGGCUAAAAAGACCAGUGUCAUUUGCAAGGUAGGGGACAACCUGCGUCAGGACAUGCUGGUUCUCCAGAUAGUCCGUGUGAUGGACUGGGUUUGGCUCCAGGAGGGGCUGGACCUGCAGAUGAUCACCUAUCGAUGUCUCUCCACAGGCAAAGAUCAGGGCCUGGUGGAAGUUGUGCCAGAGGCUGUGACCCUGGGAAAGAUCCAUCAGGAGUGGGGUCUAAGUGGGACGCUUCGAGAAGACACGUUGGAGAAAUGGUUUCACAUGCUGAACAAAACGAAAGAGGGCUACGAAAAGGCGGUGACGAACUUCAUCCAGUCGUGCGCAGGGUGGUGUGUAGUCACCUUCAUCCUGGGGAUCUGUGACCGCCACAAUGACAACAUCAUGCUGAAGCACAGCGGACACAUGUUCCACAUUGACUUUGGCAGAAUCAUGGGGAAUGCGCAGAAAUUUGGAACCUUUAGAAGGGACAGGAAACCCUUCGUUUUCACGUCUGAGAUGCAGCACCUCAUCACCGGUGGUGGAAAGAAGCCUCAGCGCCUCCAUCGCUUUGUGGAGCUUUGCUGCGAAGCUUAUAACAUCAUCAGAAGUCGCUCUGCUCUGAUACUCGGCAUGUUGGAGCUGAUGCUUUCAGCAGGAAUGCCAGAACUGAAGGACAUCAGUGACUUAGAGUUUGUCCAGAACAAGCUCAAACCUCACGACACAGACUUAGAAGCCACUUCCUACUUUACAAAAAAGAUUAAGGAGUGUAUGGACUGUUUUGCUGUCAAGUUUAACUUCUUCACCCACACUUUGGCUCAGCCAAAGAAGCAGCAGUCAAUAACCCAGAACAACAUUCCUGCAGCCAACUCCAACAUCCAGGGAGCGGUCAUCGAGGGCUUCAACGUCAAGGGGCGAGUUGUGACCUACAGCCUAAAGAUAACCAUUGACGAUGGCAUUCUGACGAGUCAGAAGACGUUUAGGCAGUUUGAAAUGAUCCAUAAUAGUCUCCAGACGUACUUCAUUGAAUCUAAGCUACCGCAGUUUCCAGGCUGGUAUAAGAUGUCAUUCACCCCACAGAGGAGGAAGGCUCUGCUAAACACUUACUUAAAAGAGCUUUUUAAGGGACCGUGCAAAGGAGAUGAAUAUGUGUGCAGUUUGUUUCUAGAUGGUCCCAAAGUGGAAAAAAAUGUAACAGGAGGAGCUCCUCAGAUCCAGCUGCAUAUUUCUUACUCUAACGCCAAGCUCUCAGUGUUGGUGAAACACCUGCAAAACAUUAAGUUGCCAAAUGGUUCGAACCCUGAUGCGUACGUGGUUACGCGGCUGAGACCAGACCCCCAGCAGACCUCCAAGAGGAAGACAAAGGUGGUCAGCAACAACGACCACCCUACUUUCAAUGAGCUGCUGGAGUACAAUCAUGUCCCGGUGCUGUAUGGGAUGGUGCUGGAGGUGACUGUGAAGAGCAGGAAGGCCAAGAAGACUUUUGUGGCUGCGACCAACAUUAAACUGGAAGAUGAGGUGCUGGACAAGGAGGUGUGGUUUCCCCUUGGGAACUGUGUCAUUUGACCCUGGAGACUGCACUGUGAGCCUGCUGCCAGCAGGGGGAGCCAAAACACUUACUGUAUUUUACUGUAUGUUUCAUGUAGAUGUUAUUUUUAUCAACGGGGAAAAGAUGAGCACUGUACAGUAGGCAGAUCAUGCCAUUCAUACAUGUCUUUUAGAGACUUUUUUUUAAAGCACUGACAGUGGCUGGGAUUUUUAACCCAAGUUACAAAGUUAAAAUACAUGUUUACUGUGAAAUUAGAUUAAUUACUAGUUUUUUAUGCAGUUCAAAUGACUGCAUCUGGGUGAUAUAUGAAGGAAAGCGUGUAGCGGUGGUCCUGUUUGCUUUGUUUUCUGAGCUGAAUCAUAAGAGUGUCUGCAUGCAUUGAUGUAACAGAUUAGGGGAUGUUUCUUACCUGCAGAGACACGUUUGCUCCCUCCAGGCUGCAUGUCCUUGACCAGAGGAAUUGGAAACGAGAGACAAGCGGGUGAGGGAAAGGUGAGGAUAGUGUGUGAUCUGGAUGACAACUCAGCAUCUCAGGCCCUGAGGGCCGAGUUAACCGCCCCCCCACCCCAUCCACCGUCUUCUCCAUCAGUAGCCUUCAAAUCCAGUCGAGCACGUGUGUGUUUACGGCAAGGCCGAUAAAACACAAGCGUUCCGAUUGACAUGCACACUUACUCGUCUCUAGGCCAAGCUGGGUCUCUGUUAUCUUGAUGCCAUUCCUGUCCUGACAGGCCUGCUGACCCGUACUUUUCUUUUACCUCAUUUAAAGGAUUUAGUGAUGAACGGAGAUGGAAAUAGACUUCCCUGCACUGAUUUCAACUCAAUAAUGUAUACCUCUUUGGAGACUAUUUAUAUAAUCCCUGAUAGGAUUCUCAAAUGGAACGGCGAGCCGUUGCUGAUGGCUAUUUUUUGAUGACUGUGGUAAUGGAGCGUUAAUAAAACUGGCAUCACUCAGCAACGCCAGCCUUGAUAGGUGAAAACAACAGAACACAUACAGUACAUUUGUUUUUAACCCUGGUAAUGAUGUGUGAAACGAUCCUAAAAUCGACAUAUCUGUUUUUGC